AAGUUUUGACUGUUUUGACGCUUUUGACCCUUUUGACUGACCAAGUUGACAUUCCGGAGUUUUCACCCGAUUUUUGAAAGACUGAGUGAUUAAGUUAAAAAUGGCAGGCCCGUCCAGGCAAUUUGGACUCCUUCUCCCAAAAAAGGCUCAACUCUCAGUUCCCAAAAAAGCCAACAUUUUCGGUGACGACAGCGACUUGGACGAAGAUGAGGGCGUCGAUUGGGUGAAAAAAAGUUUGCAGGCAGAAGGCGAGAAGAACCGAGUAAAAAAACAAGCGCGUUUAGAUGCAGAAAGAGCUUUAGAAGAAGAUCCCACAAUUUACCAAUACGAUGAAAUUUACUCAGAUAUUCAUGUAGACCCUAAGCAGAAGAAAGCAGAGAAGAAAAAAGAGGGACCAAAGUACAUCAAAACAUUGCUUCAAGCAGCAGAAAAGAGGAAAAAGGAACACGAGUUGAGAAUUGAAAGGAUGGUUCAGAAAGAAAGGGAAGCCGAGGGAGAAAUGUUCAAAGACAAGGAAAAAUUCGUCACUGCUUCUUACAGAGCGAAACUCGAAGAAAUGAAAAAACUUGAGGAAGAACAAAAGGAAAUGGACAGACUCGAAACUAUCGGCGACGUUACAAAACAAGGUGAUGUUUCUGGAUUUUACAGACAUCUUUACGAGCAGACAUUCGAUAAAGCGAAAACUGGCCUUAAAAAAGAACCAGUCAUCAAAGGACCCGAAAUUAAAAAAGAAUCAGAGGAAGAUAAGGUUGAAAAAUUGGAGGAAAACCUCGACAAGGACGAUUCUUCAGUUAAUGAUUCGAGUUCAGAGGGAGGUGACGAAAAUAAGACGGAAGCUGUGAAGAUUCUUACGAGAACGAGGAAAGUGAAACAAUUUCGACAAAGAGUGGUGGAAAAAUCGGAAUCUGAACCGGAAGAUGAUCAAGAAUCAGAAAAAGCCGGGAAAGAAGAGAAAGAGAAAGAUGCAGCUAAUAAGGGAGAAGCUAGACUUCAGGAUAAAAAGGAAUCAGGAAAAGAAAAAAGGGAGGAUACAAAUAGUCGAAAACGAAGCUUGACGCCUGAAGUUAAAGAAAAGGAUAAAGAAAAUGAAGAUAAAAAUAAAGAAGAACUUGAGAAUGGAUCAAGUAAAAAGAAGAAAGAGGAUGAGGAGAAACCCAAGCGAAAAAAAGCGGAAAGAAGAGUGUCUAUUUGGGUGAAAAGAACGGUGGGGCCAGUUUUCAACGAGGCUUUGCAAAGGUAUUAUGCUAGGAAAGCGAUGAGGCUGUCUGGGUCCUAGAUUUUUUUAUCUAAACACUAUUUUUCUUGAGUUUGCAGGAUUUUCAAUCUAAAAUCAAGUUAGAUUAACAGAAUGUAAUUUAAUGAGAAAUAAAUAUUAGUUUUUCUAAUUAAAUUAAAUGAAGGA